UUCCCCUCAAGUUACUGUCACCCUUCUUAACUCAGUAUUCACACCUACUGGUUGGGGAAGAACAGUUGAAUCAAAAGGAAAAGGACAUGCGAUGCGUACUGGAUUAUGCCUUUGGAAAGGGAAGCCCAACUCAGGUGUUGUACACUGAUGAUUGGAAUAUAGUUACCAGAGAAGAGUUUCAAACCCUAGCUCCCAAUGUGUGGGUGAUGAAUAAUGUUAUUGACACUUUUGCAAGAAUACUGAAUGAUGAUCCAGAUCAAAGUGUCAAGAGUAACUUGAAGUUCUAUUUCUCUACAAUCCCUUUCAAUAUGCUCUGCCAGAAUGAACCGUAUGGUGGAUCACAGGAUAGUCAAGCAACCGAGGGCAAACGCUUAGAAAAUUUUAUUUUAAGUGUACGCCAUGAGUAUGUAACUGCUGGUGUGAAGUCUUUGAAGGGAUUCCAUCUGCUAAAAUUAUAA